UAGUGUGUGCUUCUAGAAGAGGCGACGGGGAAGAGCAGGGGUCUCGUUACUGUCUGUGGCGGCGAGGUUGAGUGCGCUUCGGUCGAGUAAGUGGGGCGGCCAGGCCUUAGGCGUGCGGCCGGAGCCGGGGUCUCGGGUGCGAGGCGAGGCCGGGGCCCGUGAGGCGAGGCCGGGCAGGCAGAACAGGCCGCUCCCCGCCGCCAUGAGUGUGGAGGCGUACGGGCCCAGUUCGCAGACUCUCACCUUCCUCGACACCGAGGAGGCCGAGCUACUUGGAGCCGACACCCAGGGAUCCGAGUUCGAGUUCACUGACUUCACCCUUCCCAGUCAGACCCAGACUCCUCCCGGGGCGCUCGGAAUCGUCCCCGGCGGGCCCGGAGGCCCGGGCGUCGGGGGGCCCCCCGGGCAACUCGAUAUUCAGGUUAAUGGGCCUGAUGGUAUCCUACAGAAUGGUGCUGUAGAUAACAGUGUAGCCAAAACUAGCCAGCUCUUGGCAGAAUUGAACUUUGAGGAAGACGAAGAAGAUGCCUACUACACAAAGGAUCUUCCUGUACAUGCUUGCAGUUACUGUGGUAUCCAUGACCCAGCUUGUGUUGUUUACUGCAACACCAGCAAGAAGUGGUUCUGUAAUGGACGUGGAAAUACUUCUGGCAGCCAUAUUGUAAAUCAUCUGGUACGAGCAAAAUGCAAAGAGGUGACCCUCCACAAAGAUGGGCCCCUGGGAGAAACUGUUUUGGAGUGUUACAACUGUGGAUGCCGUAAUGUGUUCCUUCUUGGCUUUAUUCCUGCCAAGGCUGACUCAGUAGUCGUACUGCUGUGCAGGCAGCCUUGUGCCAGUCAGAGUAGUUUAAAGGAUAUCAAUUGGGACAGCUCACAGUGGCAGCCCCUUAUCCAAGACCGCUGCUUUCUCUCCUGGCUGGUAAAGAUUCCUUCUGAACAGGAGCAAUUAAGAGCACGUCAGAUUACAGCUCAGCAAAUUAACAAAUUGGAAGAGCUCUGGAAGGAAAAUCCCUUAGGAACUUUGGAAGAUCUUGAAAAUGCUGGUGUUGAUGAAGAGCCGCAACAUGUCCUACUCAGACAUGAGGAUGCGCACCAAUAUCUAAAUAUAUUUGGACCCCUUGUCAAACUUGAGUCAGAUUAUGAUAAGAAACUCAGAGAAUCCCAGACCCAAGAUAACAUCACAGUGAGAUGGGACCUGGGCCUCAACAAGAAGAGAAUUGCUUACUUCACCUUGCCGAAGACUGACUCUGAUAUGCGUCUUAUGCAGGGAGAUGAGAUAUGCCUGCGAUAUAAAGGAGACCUUGCACCUCUAUGGAAAGGAAUUGGUCACGUUAUUAAAGUCCCUGAUAAUUACGGCGAUGAAAUUGCAAUUGAAUUGAGGAGUAGUGUUGGAGCACCUGUAGAAGUUACUCAUAAUUUUCAAGUGGAUUUUGUGUGGAAGUCUACUUCAUUUGACCGAAUGCAGAGUUCAUUAAAAACAUUUGCUGUGGAUGAAACUUCAGUGUCUGGCUAUAUUUAUCACAAACUGUUGGGUCAUGAAGUAGAAGAUGUGAUUGUUAAAUGUCAGCUGCCAAAACUAUUUACAGCCCAAGGUCUCCCUGACCUCAAUCAUUCUCAGGUCUAUGCAGUAAAGACUGUUCUGCAGCGGCCCCUGAGCCUUAUCCAAGGACCCCCUGGAACAGGGAAAACCGUAACAUCAGCUACAAUUGUCUAUCAUUUAGCUAGGCAAGGGAAUGGGCCUGUGCUAGUUUGUGCCCCAAGUAACAUAGCUGUGGAUCAGUUAACUGAGAAGAUUGAUCAAACUGGGCUGAAAGUGGUUCGUCUGUGUGCUAAGAGUCGUGAGGCAAUUGACUCUCCAGUGUCUUUCCUGGCAUUGCACAACCAGAUCAGAAACAUGGAUAGUAUGCCUGAGCUCCAAAAAUUACAACAGCUGAAAGAUGAAACUGGAGAACUGUCUUCAGCUGAUGAAAAGAGAUAUCGUGCAUUGAAACGAACAGCAGAGCGAGAACUGCUUAUGAAUGCCGAUGUGAUCUGCUGCACCUGUGUGGGAGCUGGUGAUCCAAGACUUGCCAAGAUGCAGUUUCGUUCCAUUUUAAUUGAUGAAAGUACCCAGGCAACUGAGCCGGAGUGUAUGGUACCAGUUGUUCUUGGAGCCAAACAGUUGAUCCUUGUAGGAGAUCAUUGCCAGCUGGGCCCAGUGGUGAUGUGCAAGAAAGCUGCAAAGGCAGGGUUAUCUCAGUCACUGUUUGAGAGGCUCGUGGUGCUGGGGAUCCGUCCCAUCCGCCUGCAAGUGCAGUAUCGUAUGCAUCCUGCUCUUAGCGCUUUUCCGUCCAACAUUUUCUAUGAAGGAUCACUUCAAAAUGGCGUUACUGCAGCGGAUCGUGUGAAAAAGGGAUUUGAUUUCCAGUGGCCCCAGCCUGAUAAACCAAUGUUCUUCUAUGUGACUCAGGGCCAAGAAGAAAUUGCCAGCUCAGGCACCUCUUAUCUCAACAGGACUGAAGCUGCAAAUGUGGAAAAAAUAACUACAAAGCUGUUAAAGGCAGGUGCCAAGCCAGAUCAAAUUGGUAUUAUUACUCCAUAUGAAGGUCAGCGAUCUUACCUGGUGCAGUACAUGCAGUUCAGUGGUUCGCUGCAUACAAAGCUCUAUCAGGAAGUGGAAAUAGCGAGUGUUGAUGCGUUCCAGGGUCGAGAAAAGGACUUUAUCAUUCUGUCUUGUGUAAGAGCCAACGAACAUCAAGGAAUUGGCUUUUUAAAUGAUCCCAGGCGUCUCAAUGUGGCUCUCACCAGAGCGAGAUAUGGAGUAAUUAUUGUUGGCAACCCAAAGGCCCUGUCCAAGCAGCCACUGUGGAAUCACCUAUUGAACUACUACAAGGAACAGAAAGUGCUGGUAGAGGGGCCCCUGAACAACCUCCGCGAGAGCCUAAUGCAGUUCAGCAAGCCCCGCAAACUCGUCAAUACCAUCAACCCCGGAGCUCGAUUCAUGACUACGGCCAUGUAUGAUGCCCGUGAAGCUAUUAUCCCAGGAUCUGUUUACGAUCGAAGUAGUCAAGGCCGUCCCUCAAAUCUGUAUUUCCAAACCCAUGAUCAGAUUGGGAUGAUUAGUGCUGGACCCAGCCACGUCGCUGCUAUGAACAUUCCUAUCCCAUUCAACCUUAUGAUGCCACCGAUGCCACCUCCAGGUUAUUUCGGACAAGCUAAUGGACCAGCUGCAGGCCGGGGGACCCCCAAGGGGAAGACAGGCCGUGGUGGACGCCAGAAAAAUCGUUUUGGUAUUCCCGGGACAAGUUCGAAUCUUCCAAAUAGUCAAGCGAGUCAGGAUGUGGUGUCUCAGCCGUUCUCCCAGGGUCCGUUGACUCAGGGCUAUAUUUCCAUGAGUCAACCAUCGCAGAUGAGUCAGCCAGGACUCUCCCAACCAGAAUUAUCACAGGACAGUUACCUUGGUGAUGAGUUUAAAUCGCAGAUCGAUGUGGCUCUGUCGCAGGAUUCUACAUACCAGGGUGAACGGGCAUAUCAGCACGGCGUGACUGGACUGUCACAGUAUUAGAGUGUUGAGGAAGAAGAGCUAAGCUUAUGUGGAGCUUAGUCCAUCAGCAUCUUAUUCUGGGUAA